UCCUCAGCGGCUGGUAUGGAGCUUUGUAAACAUACGAGCUCACCGAAUUAUCGCUACAGAAGCUAGCUAAAGACGAUUAUAGCUGAACGUUUGAAUGUUUUAUGACUACAAGACACAUUAUUGUCUGGGAAUAAUUUGGUAGGGCUUAGUUUGCUUUUGUAAAUUGACGUCUGUUUUAACCGUAAAAGUAAGUAAGUGACGCUCCCCCAUAAUUCACCACCCAUAACUACUUUUCAGUUUUAGUCCAUCACUUCUUUCCAAAUAAAAGCGACAACAUGUCCAAGCGUGAGGCUUUCGUUGAAGCCGCCUGUAAGGAAAAUGUGGACGACUUCCUUCAGCUCAUCCAACUUCACAAGGACAAAACGGACCCUUUUGACGCAGAGGAGGUGAUUCAGGAGAUGUCCAGGGACCAGCGUGAGGCUCUGUGGGGCAAACUGGCCUCGCUCCUUCGGGACUUUCUCCUGGAGGUGCCCCCUGAACGCUGGGGGGAGGCUACAGAUGCUGAGUCGGCUGUGGAUGCCAAACGUGUUGUGGCCGGUGUGACGCUUGUGGCCACCGUGUCGCUGAAGGUCCUGCAAGAUGGUGACACCUACAACGGCCUUCUACAAAUUGCCUACCAACUUCACGAUGUUCUGGUGUCACUCCCCGUGACGGAAGCUCAUGUGCUGCUCCACAUCCACAUGCUGUGCGAGGCCUGGUGGAAGAAAGACCUAAAGGACAAAGACAAGUUUGGUCGCAUCGCUUUUGUCAUUGCUUUGAAGAAGAGCUUCCUUUUGGCGAAACCGGGCGCUGAGCUCCAAAGACUCUGGAGCCUCCACAAGGUGCUCUCGAAUGUGGACUACGCGUCCGAGUACGGCGAGCAGCUGGGCAAGCAGCUAGUGCAGUGUUUCCUGCGUCCCCCGUUCAUCCGUAACGACGAGGGCAAGAGGUUCAUGGUGUUUCUCUUCAGCUGGCACGUGGACUUCAUCCCGCUCAUCCACGGCACCAUCAAAAAUCAGCUGCAGUUUUUUAACAAGAUGACGGUGGCGCAUAUCACGGAGAUCUACUUCAGAGCGUGGAAGAAGGCCAGCGGCAGCUUCCAGGAGAUUAUCGAGAGCGAGUGCGUUCAGGACUUCAUGAAGUGCGCCAUCUUGAUCCGCAGGUCGUCACCCGUCCGCAACAAAGUCCAACAGAUUGUCUUCUAUUUCCACAAGAGGAAAGUCUACCGCCCAGUGGUAAAGAUGCUCAGUGCCCUCUACAAGCCCAUUCUUUGGAAAUACCUCAAUGUCCCUAAUUUUGAGGUUCGCGCCAACGCCACCUUGCUGUUCACCGAUGCCUUCCCCAUCCUCGACCCCGAUCAGGAAAUUGAACAUGCACUUCAAAAGCAACUGGACACACUCAUGGUGCUGCUGUUUGACAAACACCCCUGCGUCCGCUGCAACGCCAUCCUGGGCGUCUGCAAGAUCCUCGCCAGGUGCUGGGAUUUGCUGCCGGCGGUCAUCAUCGUGGACUUCCUGAAGAAGUUCGAGGAGCUGGCGGGGGAUUGUAGUUCAGGCGAAGUCCGCUGCGCUGUCUUCACGUAUCUGUGCAUGGUCUUGGACAAUGUGCUAAGCCAUCCCGUGCUGGAGAAGCUGGUGCCCAGGUUCAAGUACAGCCUCCACGACACCUCGGAGAAGGUCCGCGUGGCUUUUGUCGACAUGCUCCUCAAGCUCAAGGCGGUCGGUGCGGCCAAGUUCUGGGAUGUGUGCAGCCUGGACCACCUGGUGGUCCGCCUGGCAUUCGACAAGCCGCACGUGUCCAAGCGCCUUGCCGCACUGCUCUUCGACUCCUACUUCCCCGCCGACGCCACAGAGCGGGACUUGUGCGGCCGCUGCAUCUCCUUCAUCCAGAUGAACCCCGUGGCGGCCCGGAAGUUCUACCAGUAUGCCCACAUGCACACCGCCCCUGCUAAUAUAGUGAAGUUGAUGCUGGCCAUCCGCCGUAUCCUGAACAAAUGCAUCCAGAGCAACGGUGACAACACGGAGCAUACCGAAGGCAACAAGGAAAACAGCAUGCCUCUAGGCGAAAAUCCGCUGGGACUGGAGAAAGACGUGGUGGCCAGUCUACUGGAGGUGGUGGUCGUCCUGUGGAAGACGAUCGACAAGACGCUACAUCACAACGAGGAGACGCAGAAGCAGGUGUAUGCCCGCUUUGGCGCAGUCAUGACCAAAUACUUCAGCGCCUUCACGGAUGAGCGAUGCCAAGAUGCCCUCAUGCAGAUGGCGUCCUACAUGCCCGCCAAUACGGUGGCAACAUUUAGCUACGGCGUGCUGUCCCGCUUGAGGAAGAUGGACGCCGAAGCGCCGCCCUCGGCGUACGGCCAGCUGCUGGACUGCAUGUGCAGUUGGGGCAAGACCGCCGGCAUCAUUGAGCUCAUCAGCGACUGGCUCUCCGAAGCCCUGCCCAAGAAACGAGGGGAAAGUGCCAAGCGGAAGGUGACCAUCCAGGUGACUGCGAAGGCCAAGCCGUACCUGGCGCUGGCCUACUUGGACUACUUGCUCCUCCGUCCGUCCACGCGGGACAAAGUCUUGGCGCUCAGUCAGGGUCCACUCAAGCAGCUCCACACGCUUCUAGGGAACUGGAAGUCGCUGUUGUACUCCCACCUCAGCUCUUCCACUGAUGGCGUGGCCGGCACGGACUUGGCCCUGAAGGUUUUCAUGUUUCACGCCCGCCUCAGCGUGCACCUGCAACACAAGCUGUCCGAAGGCCGUGAGUACCUGCUGUCUCUGGAGCACACUGCGACGUGGGUGGGCGAGAGGGUCCUGCCCUUCCUGGCCAAUAGGCGUCAGGGAGACGGCGAUGAUGAGGCAGAGCAGUCCAGAGGGUUAGCGGCAGAGAUAACCAAGAGCUUCCUGUCAGUGUGCACGGACGUGCUCGUCUGUUUGGCCGACGACGACUUCAAGGCUCACGUCCUGCACCUGUGCUCGCUUGUCGUGCUCUCAGAAACGGGCUACCUGUGCAUUCCCGCCCUACUGCCAGUUCUGAAGGAGUUGACGGAGAGUUACCAACUGACAGGAGAGGAGCAGGAUGCCCCCACCAAGUGUCUGGUGGUGGUUGCGAACAUAUUCCAGAGCAUUAUAGAACUUUUAGCUCGUCGAUUUAAGAAAGAGCCGGAAGAGGGGAAACAGCUGUGCCAGUCGACUUUGAGCAGCCUCGCUGACUUCCUGCAAGUGGCUCAAGCCUGUAACCUCAGUGGGGUCUUCGACACCCUUUUCGCCAUAGUCAUCGUGGAGACCAGAUACACCCUCCAGAAGAUGACGCACCCCGAAGAGGUGACGACUCCAGAGACCAUGGAAGACUUGCCUCCUUUGUCCGGCACCCUCUUGUCCGUCAUCCUCAAGUCGCCUCCAGUCGCCAGGGCCUUUUCGGCCGAGGUUCUCUCCUCACUGGAUUCUGACACCUUCGGCACUCUGACUGAGCUGGCCGCUGUCGUGCACCUCCUGGCGGUCCUGCGGCACGUGGGACAGUCCAAUGCGUGCUUGAAGAGAGCCGCCGUAACCGUGCAGCAGCAGAUACACACGCACGCAGAUGCAGGCGGCGACAUCCAAGGGGUCCUUUAUCAAUCUUCUGUGACAACGCUCAAUGAAAUCCUGACACAUUGGGCUGACUGAAAGAAAAAAAAUACUUUAGCUCUCUGGAGUGGCUACAUUUCUCUAUUUUCUAUUUGUAUUAAAAGCAUUUAUUCUUUUGCAUGUAUACAUCAAAUGUUUGGGUGGGUGAUAAAAAUAUGUAUUUGGUGUCGUUGUGUUCAUAAGGUAUCCAUGUGCUACUAUCCUACUAUAUGAGAUUUGCCUAAAAUGGCUGCUUCCAAAUAAAUGGGCUGACUUCCUGUUCAAUUUUGCGCAUACAAAAUGUUACUCUAUACAAAAUAAUAUUUUAUGUAAUGUAGUUACUACAGUGUAUAGGGUUAGGGUUAGUAGAUGGGUAGAUGGUAUGUUAAUAGAUGGGUAGCUCGGUUGGUAGGAUAGUUAGGAGGUAGGUAAAUGGAAAGCUAGAUGGGUAGGUAGGUCGUGGUACGGUUAGGUAGGGAGAAGUAUAUUUGAGUAGAUUGGUUGAUAGAUGGUAAACAGGUGGUUCGAUGAGUGGAUUAAUAGCGAGACGGGUAGGUAGAUGGAUAAGUAGUUUGGUCGAUAGAUGAAGAGCCAGCUACAGAGAUGGGUAGACGGGAAUAUACAUGAGUAGGUGGAUUGGUAAAUAGAUGGGCAUGUUGAUGAAUAUAUGUAGAUUAGUAGCUAAAUGAUAGUAGGUUCAUGGGUGGGUAGUAAGGUGGUACGUUGACGAAGCGGUAAAUA